AUCACGUGACCGCUGGUGUCUCACAUCCGCAUGAGCAGCUUGUGUUUACGGCACAAUGUCGGAGAUUAAAGCUGUUUAUUUUAUUUAUUACACUUUAUUCUUUAUAGUUUAUUGUGUGAGUGGAUUCGCGUGGAAUGGGGACACUUUUACACGGAAGGUGUCAUUGGAGAUGAACCCUGGGUUAUCUCCACCCUCAGCAGCGCCCCCCGGGGUCUCAAUGCUCCAUGCACGGGCCCUUGGCUACAACGACACCCUGCACUUCCUGUUGUGCAGCGGUGGAGCUCCGGCCCUGAUGCUGAUCCACACAAACUCCUCUAACUCAAGGUUGAAGGUGAACUGGACCGAUUUCCUCAGCAUUAACCCGGUCGGCAGCGUGACGGUGGAACCGGAGAGCAGCGUCCAGUACAGAGGUGCUCUUGUCUUCACCCGCUUGUGGGAGUAUUAUGAGUUGAACAGCACAGAGCAGCGUGUGUUGUCUCCAUACGAGCUCAAGGACUUUGAGUGGGACGACGUGAACAAAACACUGGACUACACACACCACACUGCACGGCUCUGUGGGAGACACACCAGCUUCAGCAACGACACCUCACUGUGUCUGCGUUUUUCAGUAUACGAGUCUUCAGGCCGAGAGGAGGCGUGGCCUAGUCUCCUCCAUAACGCAAACUCCUCCCAGCUGCACGUUUUGUUGGAAGGUGUGAUGCCGCGAACCAACCAAUCACAGUUUGGCCUGGAACUCCAGACAGUGAGUGAGGCGGGGCUUCAGACCCGAGUCGACGUCCAAAGGUCCAUCGAUGAUGAAUACACACCCUCCAUCUUCCAGGUGUCAGAGUGGGUGUGGCCUCACGAUAACUCCUCCUCCACGGUGGGUUACUCUCAGUGGAAACCUGUAGUGUAUAAGAACAGUCAUCCUGCCAUUGAGGACGCCGCGCCUUGCAGCCACUCGGAACCUGUCAGUCUACCUCAAGCUCCGCCCUCACGCAUCAUCUCCGCCUGUUUUGCCCAGAAUCCCAUCACGCACGGCCUUAACGUCACCUUCAACUUGACCUCUGAACUCGCUCCAAACUCCACCCACUUCCUCAGCUGGACCAUGCUGGUGGGAAUCGGGAUUCCUCCUUCAGAUUUCUUCUCUCCUCUGGUGAUCGGUAUCAUGGCCAUCGGUCUCGUCACUCCUCUCCUCCUCCUUCUGGUGGGCGGAGUUUAUAUCUGUUUACGAAAAAGGAAACAGGACACACUCGGCCAAUACGAAUCAAUCAACUGACGCUGAAGCCGAAACAAGCCACAUGUUAAUAUAAAACCUAAACAUCUGGGAAGAUCUUUCACCUGACUAUAAACGCCAAUCAACUGGAACAACAUACUGUAAGCCCCGCCCACAUGUGUAAAGUGCUGAGUUACAGUAUAAUGUUUACAUUUUAACCCUAAAUCUAUAUUGUGAAUUUUAAGCUGACUGCCUUUUCACCAACACAGCAGUGCUGGAGUCAGACCUGGGAUUAGAGAACCUUAACACAUGUGGAUGUGUGUGUGACAUGAUCACAAUAGGAUCUGUAUGUUUAGUGAUGUGUGUGUGACAUGAUCACAAUAGGAUCUGUAUGUUUAGUGAUGUGUGUGUGACAUGAUCACAAUAGGAUCUGUAUGUUUAGUGAUGUGUGUGUGACAUGAUCACAAUAGGAUCUGUAUGUUUAGUGAUGUAGCUUUUACUGUGUGAAGAUGUAGCUGUCAUCAACUUACUCAGGUUCAGACCACAGUGUUGAACACACACACACACACACACACACAUCAUCACACUGAGAUUCUCUCUCUCUCUCACACACAUCAUCACACUGAGAUUCUC